AUGGACGUUGUAGAUCUAUCAGACAAAGACCCAGACUACACAAUGGAUGGCGACCAGAAAAACGGAGAAGUAGGUUCAGGAUGCAACAGUAGUGGUUCUAACGUGCUUCACAGGGAAUCGGAAGAUGAAACAGAUAUGCUGUUGUUAAUGGAGGUAUGGGAUGGAAGCCCAGAGGCUGCAGAGCCAUCCUCAAGCAGUCCAGGAGAAAGUGUUGCGUCUAGUGUGGAUGGAAGACAUGCAUGUGAAACACAACCUAGUGAUGUUAUAGGGACAUGCCAAACUGUGGAUGGAAGUAGCAGUACUCUAUCAGACUUGCAGCGUGACAAAGAUGGUGUAAGCAAAGUAAAAGGUUCCUAUACAGAGGGUAGUGAGAAAUCUUCAAAACAUGUAUCCCAAAAUUUCAGCACAAAAGGUGGAGGAUACAAAGAUAGCUCCUGCAAAUCUGGAACUUUGGAAAUGAUAAUAGACCUCACCGAAGAGGAAGAGAAACUAUCAGCGCCUGAUAAUGAAACACAAAGGUUGGUGUGUGGAGCAAGAGGCAAGAAUGAUCAUCAGGAAAGUAACAAGUCAAAGGAACAUGUACAUGUAGCCAAAAAGCGUAGCAUGAAAACAAGAAAACUUGAAGAUACUAGCUUGCACAAGUCUGGAGCUUUGGACAUAAUAGAUCUCACUGAAGAAGAAGAAGAACUUGAAGAAAAAGACAAACCCUUGGUAUCUGGGUAUACUGCACAAAGGGAUAUGCACGAAACAACAAGAGACAAGAAUCAUGAUUCAUCAACAAGUUCAGAGGUGUUCAGAAGUUCUGUGGAACAGUGUGAUUUGGAACAAGCGGGUCCUUGUAUGAUAGACCUGACUGGGUAUGAUGCAACACGUGACUUAGAUGAGGAGGUGGCAGUCAUCUUGGACAAAAGCUUGGAUCCUUCUAUGCAAAAUCCAACAUCAUCUUCUUGCCGUACUGGCUAUACAGUCACAAUCUCUACCAGUCAACCUAGAAUAACCAAACAAGACUCUUCCUUCCAUGCCAUCACAGAGGAUCCGGACACGAGAAGUGCGGCAGAUGCAGUGACUAGUAGUGGUUCAUUUGAUGAUGCAUCUUCCAGGGACACUGAUGCAUUUGUACGCACUCUCCUGUGCAGAGAGCCUGGCUUCGACAGCUCUAGUAGCAGCAGGUGUUCCAGUCCUGAAUGGGAAGAGCUCACAGCUUUAAAUGAAGGAGGAACGGUCAGCUUUAAAGAGACUACUCCCUGUUCCACAGAGCCAAGCAGUUAUACACCAGCUAUUGAAGAGCUAGAUUUAGGGCUCAACAACUAUCCUACACGUGUCAAUCCAUCAGCUUCACCCUACAUAAAUCCUGACAAAGACUUGGUCAAGGCCAACGAUACACAAUCUGAGAACAACAACAUGGAAAGAAGUGCCUCUCCUAGAUCUCUCUCAGGAGAAUCUACAAGUAAAGAAAAGGAUGAGAAGAAAUCUGGCUUACAAGCAUUACUGUCCUUAAGGAUAAGAGACAUAAUUUCACCUAUAAGUGUUUCCGACUCUGAUGAGACAGAAUCGACUGACAAACAGAACUUUCCAGACAACUCACCAACGGUACCCUGCAUAGUUGUGGAUGUAGAUACAGGCAAGGCCAAUAGCACUCAGGAAGAAGACAACAACCAGGAAAAAAUGGCCACCCCUGGACCUCAGCCCUCUGAAGAAACAAUGGAUAAUAUAGCAAAAAAUGGUAAAACAUCAGGUAUGGGGACAUUACUGUCCUUUGAAAUUGCAAACAAAGAUGCCAAAGAGACAGAAUCGACUGACAAGCAGAACAUGGCAGUCCAAAUUACAGUUCCGGGCAAGUGUUCUUACAACUCACCAACUUUACCCUGCUCAGAUCCAGAGGAAGACAAAGUCAACCGUACACAAGUGAGUGAAGAAGACAACCAAGAAAAGAUGGCCUCCCCUAGAUCUGGCCCCUCUGAAGAAUUGAUACAUACAAAAUCACGUAUACAGGCAUUGCUAUCCUUAAGGAUGGAAAACACGGGUGUUUUGGACUCCAAACAAGAUACAGAAUCCCCUGAGCAGCAGGACUGUUCUGGUACUGCUGCUCCAAAAGAUUCAAAAAAUGAAGAAUGCAGACAUCAGUCAUUGGAGCAAGAGGUGGCCUUAGUGCUGGCCAACAUUUGUGACAUAAUAAACAGCACCCUGGGAGAAGAAGGAUCCUUGGUGAGGCUAGACGAUACCUCACAGAAGCAUAAAGAAACUCAGUCUGGUUUGGAAGUACAAAACCACAAAGUUGAAACUGUUGAGCAACAGCCAUUGAAGACAGAGGUAGCCUUGGUGAGGCUAGAUGGUACCCCGCAGAAGCAUGAAGAAACUGAAUCUGGUUUGGAGGUACAACACCACAAAGAUGAGACAGUUGAGCAACAGCCAUUGGAGCAAGAGGUAGCCUUGGUGUUGACCAGCAUUUGUGACAGAGCAAACAGAUUGCCUGUGGAAGAAGGAUCCUCAAUGAGGCCAGACAAGAAGAAUGAAGAAACUGAGUCUGAUUUGGACAUACAACACCACAAAGAUGAAACAGUUGAGCAACAGGAAAACAUUGUAGGACGUCACAACCUACUGUCUCAUGUUGCUACAGAAAUAGAUAACAGUACAGGUGUGGAUAUCAUGGAGCUGUAUGAAGAUGGCACUGUUGCGUUUGAAGCCCAAUCACCAGGCAAAGAAAGCUCAACUAUAGUGAACAUUACACUUUCCCCUGUCCAGCCAAGAUCACCUAACAAACCACCUUGUAGUUCACAAUCAAAAGCUUUGUGUAAAACCAGUUCUGAUGUUUUUGAAGUUGAGAGUACAGAAGACAACAGAGUUGACAAGCAGUGUGCACCAACCAGUUGUUCUGAAACAACACCGUCAAAGGACAGGGGUAAUGGAGGUCAAAAUAAGGACACGGAAGAAGUUGAAAAGAUGGACCAAGGCCACGAUGAAAGAGUAGAACUACAAGAACAGGCAGUUACACAUGUGAGCAGUGGAAAUGAAAACAGCAAGGGAGAGAUUGAAAGCCAAAAACCAUCAAAACUACUACAAGAUGACAAAAGGAAAGCAGACGAGGCAAACAAGGAAGAAAGUAACAAUGCCUCAUGCAGUCAGACUCUUGGUAUGGAGCUACAGAGUGAAAACCCAAUAGACAGUUGUAAAGAACCAGGGGAAAAAGAUUCACAAGAAGUGAGAUGUACUUCAGAUUCCUCUCCAAAAGUUCAAAAGAUCAAAGACAACACAAAAGAGCCUUCCCAAAUUUCAAGCUGCAACAGUUCUGAAGAAAGAACAGAAGCUGAAAGCACAGGAACAGUAAGUGUUCAGUCUCCCCCUGAACUGAACAAGAAGAAACAGGAUGCCGUGCCUUUGAAGAAAAAUGUUGAGACUCCAACAAUUCAGAAGAUCAUAGAAGACCCUUCAGAAAUUGCUAGCAGCAACAGCUCUGAAGAACAAAUGGAAGCUGAAACUACAGGAACAGUAAAUGGUCAAAGUCAGUCUCCCCUUGAACAAAACCAGAAGAAGCAGGAGGCUGUGCUUUUGAAGGAAAAUGUUGAAAAUCCAGUUGAAGAGAAACAGGUAGAUAGCAUUGACUCAUCUUCAACAAUUCAGAUGAUCAUAGAAGCCCCAGAAGACUUUGCAAAAACAGCAAGCCACAACACCUUUGAAGAACAAAUGGAAUCUGAACCUACAGGAACAGUAAGUGUUCAGUCUCCCCCUGAACAGCACCAGAAGAAACAGGACACUGUGCCUUUGAUGGAAAAUGUUGAGACUGCAUUUGAAGAGGAACAAGACAACAGUGAUUCAUCUCCAACAAUUCAGACAAUCACAGAAGACUCUUCAAAAAUUGCAAGCUCUGAAGAAAGAAUGGAAGCUGAAAGCACAGGAACAGUAAGUGUUCAGUCUCCCCCUGAACAGCACCAGAAGAAACAGGACGCUGUGCCUUUGAAAGAAAAUGAAGAGGAACAAGACAACAGUGAAUCAUCACCAACAAUUCAGACGAUCAUAGAAGACUCUUCAAAAACUGCAAGUAACAACAGCUCAGUAGAAAGUAUGGCAGCUGAAAGCACAGAAACAGUAAGUGGUCAAGGUCAGUCUCCCCCUGAACAAAACCAGAAGAAACAGGACACUGUGCCUUUGAAGGAAAGUGUUGAAAAUGCAGUUGAAGAGAAACAGGUAGAUGGCAGUAAUUCAUCUCCAACAAUUCAAAUGAUCACACAAGACCCAGAAGACUUUGCAAAAACAGCCAGCCUCAACACCUUAGAAGAACAAAUAGAAGCUGAAACCACUGUGCCUUUGAAGGAAAAUGUUAAGACUACAGUUGAAGAGGAACAAGACAACAGUGAUCCAUCUCCAACAAUUCAGAUGAUCAUAGAAAACCCUUCAAAAAUUGCAAGUAACAACAGCUCAGUAGAAAGUAUGGCAGCUGAAAGCACAGAAACAGUAGGUAGUCAAGGUCAUUCUCCCCCUGAACAGCACCAGAAGCAACAAGACGCUGUGCCUUUGAAGGAAAAUGUUGAGACUGCAGUUGAAGUGGAACAGGUGGAUAACAGUGAUUCAACUCCAAUAAUUCAGACGGUCAUAGAAGACCCUCAAGACUUAGCAAAAACGGCAAGCCACAACAUCUUUGAAGAACAAAUGGAAGCUGAAAGCACAGGACAAGUAAGUGGUCAAGGUCAUUCUCCUAUAGAACAGAACCAGAAGGAAAAUGUUGAGACUGCAGUUGAAGUUGAAGAGGUAGAUAACAAUGACUCAUCUCCAACAAUUCAGACAAUUAAGGAAGACCCAGAAGACUUUGCAGAAACAGCAAGCCACAACAAAUUGUUCUUGGAAGAACAAAUGGAAGCUAAACCUACAGGAACAGUAAGUGGUCAGUCUCCCCCUGAACUGAACCAGAAGAAAAAGGACGCUGUACCUUUGAAGGAAAAUGUUGAGACUGCAUUUGAAGAGGAACAAGACAAUAGUGAAUCAUCACCAACAAUUCAGAUGAUCAUAGAUGACUCUUCAAAAGUUGCAAGCAACAACAGCUCUGAAGAAACUAUGGCAGCUGAAAGCACAGCAACAGUAGGUAGUCAAGGUCAGUCUCCCCCUGAACAGGACCAGAAGAAACAUGAGGCCAUGCCUUCAAAGGAAAAUGUUGAAAAUGCAGGUGAAAAGAAACAGGUAGAUGGCAGUGAUUCAACUCCAACAGUUCAAACGAUCAUAGAAGAUCCAGAACACUUUGCAAAAACAUUAAGCCACAACAGCUCUGAAGAACAAAUGGGAGCUGAAACUACAGAAACAGUAAGUGGUCAAAGUCAGUCUCACCUUGAACAGAACCAGGAGAAACGGGACGCUGUCCCUUCAAAGGAAACUGUUGAGACAGUCACAGCAGUUGUUGAAGAGGAUUUACAGAUAGACAACAGUGGCUCAUCCACCCUCAACUCACCACUCUGUAAAGACAUCGACUUCUCACAGCUGGACGACCUUUCCCCAAACUCCAGCAUUGGUGACGCCAUACUGGACUUUGUACAACAGGCAAACAUACAGGGGGUAUUAGGAGAAGAGGACAAAAACACAGAAAGAGAUCCUUCUCAGUGUGUAAAAGAAAACCAGGUCCAACAAUUGCCAGUAGAAUUUGAAUCCUGUGAUGCACAGAGUGACGCUAACUGCGGGGAGAAACAAAAACUCCAAGACAGCACAAGCGACAACUGUGGACUGAAUGAACUGAUGGAUGAAAUCAGCCAGUUGUGUGAGACUAGAGAUUGUACGCUCCUACAAGAAACAGAAGAACAAGGAAGCAAGGAACAACACAUGCAUACAGGCGCGAGACACUGUCCUGUAGUCAGUCAGACUUUUGAUACUGAAGAAAAGGAGGAGUCAUCAGAAAAAAGUGGCACACAGGGUCUCGAUGGGUUUGUGAGACGGGCUGACAACAUCAAUCAGAAUACAUGUGUUGAAUCAUCGGGUGAAGGUCAAAGGUCACUGGAUGGAAGGAGAGGAGAUGUCCAUGGUGCUACCAGCAACAGAAAAGAGAACAGUUCUGUCACCAUGGCAACAAGCCGUGGGUCCACGAUGGGCCAGGUGAGCCUGUGGGAGCUGAUGGAUCACCAGGGACCAUUCAUUAUCUACCCCAGCCAGGGAGGGGGAGGGGAGGGAGUCAUGUCAGCAGUCAGGAACCAGAGCACACAGCCUGCACCAGCCAGCACCACUACUGAUUCACCCACAGUCACACAAGGCAUGUCCGGGGUGGGAAAUGCAGUGUACUCAGCCCUAUCAGCAGUGAAUGCAGACUCCACAGGCGGCCAGCAAGACGAAGAUGAACCCACAACCAUGUUGGACCUGGACACGCACACGGUGACCACCAGUGGCGGCAUGGUCCUGAGAUCGGGACACGCUACGAAUGCCGACCAGUUUGUGGCCCCUAGGGCAACUGUGAAUGAAAACCCUAGUGCUCAACAAACAGAGAUCGAGAACACCACUCAAACUGGUAAUACCUCAGAGGGUAGCAAAGAUGGUGAAGGUGAAACUAAUGAGGACUGUCCGUCUGAACUUGACCUACAAGUUGGGGUCAUGACGAGGGCAAGGGCAAGGAGGCUGCAGCAGCUGCUAUUCCUGGAAGAAGCCGCAUCAGAAACGGCAACUUCCACGGUUUCUGCUCCAGUUCCGAUGACCUACAGUACAGACGGCCACCAAGCCAUGCAAACGGGGGAAAGGGAAGCCAUCGAGCCUGCAGUGCCUCCGGGAGGCAUGGAUGCAGUUGCCAUGGCAAUGAUGUGCAGCGGUCUGGAGGAUGACGCUCUGGAGGAUGUCGCAAGCGGGAGAGAGGCGGCACCUCAAGGUCUGUAUCUCAUGACGAGAGAAGACUUAGUGGAGGGCAGUGCUGCAGGCCAGAUCAUCCACUGUAUCCCCGGGGCAAACGUGACUCAGACCAUCAACAGGGCACACCCCGACCUCCUGCCCACCGUCAUCACAUCCAUGUCCAGUCUGGCCGGGCAUCACGUCACUUCACUCACCAUCCAGGAGCAGGAGUUUCUCUUCCUGGAGGAGAUUUCCUACAAGGUGUACAACCACACGGUGUCGUACGUCCUGAGCCGCUGCAACCUGCUCCAGAUCAGCAGGAUACGGUGUAAGGGGCAGUACCUGGAGUUCCUGCGGCCGUACUGCCACUUCAUUGACAGGAGGUCCAACCACUGCUACCUCAUCAGGACUGAGGAUGCAGAGCUGCUGCACCGCUCCUUCCUCAGGCUCAAGAAGAAGGAGAAGACACAGAAAACGGGAAAGAAGAAGAAAGGGAGCGUCUUGCCAAGGUGUGCUCAGUGUGGCCAUGAAGAACAACUGAGAAGACGAGGGAGGAAGAGACAGGCAGAAGCAACGGUGUCCGUCAACCCUGAGGAACAUCAGGCUGACAGAUUGCAGGAAGACGCAGCGGCAGCUGACAUACUCCAGAGUGACUUGGGACCUGACAACCUCUUUCCAAGGGGCAGAAUGGCUUCCAAUUCAUGGAACCCUACGUUGAUUGGAUUUCGUACGGAUGCUGCGUGUCAAACACAGGACUGCUCAACUGAGACGGGUGGACAAGGUCUCGAAAAGGAAUGCGAAGAGCCUCCAAGGAAACGGCACUGCAGCAGUGUGGUUGCCACAGCUUGUCAGACCACCGAAGAAAGUGAACAGUUAGAAACAGAGGAGAAGUGUUCUUUGAUGGAGCAACACUCCAGAGGAUUGGCUGCUAGUGAGGAGUCCUCUAGUUCAUCUGCUGAAGGACCAAGAAGCUCUUCAAGGAGAAGGCAUGAGUCCAGAUCAUCUGUGGUGACAAGCACUCAAAGCAUCAAUCUCUUAGCAGAAAGUAGUGCCGACCCUGACGAACAGAUGACAACCUUCUACAUCACCACCAAGGUGGUGGGAACACGCCUGCAGAAAGUCAACAUCUCUGUUCGUAACGACAAGGGAGAAGAGCUGGCUACCACGGAGCAAAGCAGGGACAGUGAGGGUGAACAGGUGAGCAGUGAGGAUCAGGGGUACUCGGAAACGAUCGAGGAGACACCAGUGAGCCCUGUGGAGGGACUGGGGAGUGGGCAAGAGUUGGAGUACAGUCAUGAAGUGGGGAAGGCAGAGGAAGUGACACACUCAGGGAUUUCGGAGUUCUGCUUGGAAGAGGAGCAAACUGAAGGGUGUACAACCAGCAGUGACUCUGGUGUCUCGACAAAAACAUUGGACAGCAUUGAGAAAUGCAACAGUUCCCUAGAACAAGAUGUUAGUCAGUUAGCUUUAUGUAUGGAGCAAUCUGAUCAAGGGAUCGCUGAAGGGUGUACAGCUAGCCAUGACUCUGGCGUCUCGACAAAAACAAUGGACUGUCUUAGCAUUGAGAAACACAGAAGUUCCCCAGUAUCAGAUGUCAUGAUCAGUCCAUCAGUUCCAAGUAUGAAGCAAGCUGAAGCUGAGGCUAUGAUUGAAGGGUGUACAGCUGACUGUGGCGGUGCAACAAAAACGAUGGCCAGCAACAGUUCCCUAGAGUCAGAUGCCAGUCCAUCACCAGUUCCAUGUAUGCACCAAGAUGAAGAAGCAUCUCGCAGAGCCGGUGAGGUACUUGAGUCAGAUGUCUGUAAGAAAAGGCAUGAUGCAUCGACAGGUGAUUUAGAGAAAGACGACAUUGAAGACGUAUUGAGCAUCAUGCAGGAAUCUGGUAUAACAGUUGCAGACAAGCGGAAGGAAGUCCUGUACAACACAAAAGAAGAAGCUGCGCAGGACAUGUGCUUGAAACUUGUGAUGGAGGAUUCAAAUGAUGUAGAAGAAACAGAAGAGGGUUUAGGAGAAGUCAUGAGUAUCAUGUACGAGAGUGGAAUCGACCUUGCAGCAAGUUCUGAGAUGGCAUUCAUGAAUGGGGAAGACACUUUGAAAGAGAAUUUUUUGUGUGCUAACAAAAGUGUGACCGAGCAGAGUACAUCAGAAAUCGACAUGGAAGAUGUUACAAGCAUCAUGGAAGAUUCUGGCAUUUCAAUGGCUGAGGACGUGAUGGCAGAGAGCUGUACGUAUCACAAAGCUGACACAAGAGGGACGACUGAAGCAGAAAGCAACCGAGAUGUAGCAACACUAGACCAGAACAAGAACAAAGUUGUCCCAUCAGAGAAAAACUUAGCCAAGAUAGACAAAACUAUUGAAGGUUAUUUAGAGAAAGAACAGAAUGUAGAAGAAGAACUGAUGAAGACAGCUGCAUGCCAAGAUGAUACAUGGAAGUGUCCUAAUCAGAACCAUGAAACAGUUGCGGUGGAAGAUCAAAGUGCAGAAAUUUUGUACACACAUCAGAAUGGGCCAAAACGUAUUGGGCAUCUUGUUGUUUUUGAUACUGAAGCCAUGCCGUCUUUGAGUCCAAUUCAAGCAAUUGUGGACAGAAAACUCUCUUACUCUGACACCAAAGCCAGCUGCCAUGAACCAUCUUCCAGCAAAGGAAGUGAGGCAUUGGACCAGGCUGUCGAAGAGAGUAAUCAGACAAUGGAAUGCAGCCCUCGUUCACUUAAGCCGACUUUGCACUCCCAAAGGGACAAGGAUGCAAAAUUACAUUCAGAAAGCAGUGGUCCUUCCUCUAUUACUCCUGUCCGUAUCCCCACAAGCAGCUCUCCCCAACCCUGUAUUCCUUCAGAAAACGUUAUGUCCAAGAGAAGCAAGUCAGGCUUGAUGCCAAACUGCUCGGUCUGCCUGUGGGACUGUUCUCCACUGCUGGUGUCCCACACAUCCAAAGGAGGAGCGUUCACGGGCUGGGGCUACCUGUACCCCCACUGGUGCUCCUCUCUCCGGGAUGACCCGUGUGUCUACUGCCCUGUCUGCAACGCUUUCUAUAACGUGAGUGCGUACCUCGGACACUUCCACGAGAAGCAGGGGCUGGUCGUGCACAGGGGCAGCUACGGGCUGCAGAUGGAGUCCAGGCAGGCGACUGGGGCACAGAAGAGGCAGUGGAAUGAUUUCGCCAAGAGGCACCCUGCAGCCAUUAAGGGUUGCGCGACGCCACAGAAGAGGCUACUGACAGCUACCCAGCGUAAUGUUGGGAAAUGUAGGAGGAAGAUAGCUGUCAGAUUUACGAAAGUGAAAGGUGGUAAAUGGACAGUGUCGUCCUCAAGCAAAGGAUGCACUGAGAAAGAUGUCUCAGAGGACAAGGCAUCAGGUACAGAGCAGCAACAUGAUAACUUUGCAGAGAACACUGCAGCACUUGCAGCAGAACAACGACCAGCAUCUUGCAGAACAAACCAAUCUGCAUCAGAAAACACUGCGGCAAUUGUUCAAGAACAGCAAACAGCAUCAUACAGAAGAAGCAAAUAUACUGCAGAAAGCACUGCAGCAGUUGCUGAAGAACAACAAACAGCAUCUUGCAGCACAAACAAGAAUGCUGCAGAAGACAACACAGCAGAUGUUGAAGAGCAGGAGACAGCAUCUUGCAGCACGAGCAAACAUAGUGCUACAGAAGACACUGCAGCAGUUGCUGAAAGUCUGCAAACAGCAUCUUGCAGCAGAAGAGAGUCUGUUGCAGCAGACACACAGGCAGCUUCAGUGGAUGCCAAUCAUGCUAAUGGCUUACCAGGACCCAUCAGCACUUCAGAAGAGAGCGGUCCAUCUGAAGGCAGCAGUAGCUUCUCAUCUGCAGUACCAAAGGGGAAACCAAGAGGUAAAAGGUCUGGUGGUCACCCAGGAGGCGGUCAGAAUGCAAAAAUAGCAAAGACAAGUUCAGACAAUGGAAAGAACUCUCCUGUGUUGGAUGGAAAGCCAAGAGGAAAGAGAACUGGGGGCAGACCGGGAGGCAACAAGACUUUGCCAAUCAGAGAAGGCAAAAGUAAAACAGAAGACAAAAAGUUCCGGCAAUAAUCAAGGGACAACUGUGAAUGAUCUUUGGAAAUUUUGUCCUAUAUAGGCCUUGUUUCUGACUUAUUUCUUUUCAUAUUCAAAGUGUGAGAUUAUAGAUCUAUAUCUAAGAGAGAUAUAUUUUGUUACAAAGAAGUAUUUUUUUAUGUUGAAAGUAGAGGUAGAACUGAACAUGCGGUCAUGUUUGUUGUCAGAUCAUCUCUGUAACAGAGCCCAUAGGUACAGUUUAUUGAAGAAGGAUCAUGCGCAUUACCAGGCUAUCAAAUUUUCACAUCUGCUUUUCUUUAAACACAGAAGACACUGCAGAAAGUGUAGGUCACAACAAUAAGCAAGUAUUGUUGCUAGUAGUGUAUUUUGUUUGGAUGUUUAGUUGUGCAUUUAAGAAAAGCAUCCAGGUAUAUUAAGGUUUUUCUUAUGGUAGAGUUAGGAUGGCAGCAAAGCUUUAAGAAGAAAAAAGUAUUGCAAGACAAUCUGAAGGAAGCAAAGGGAGGAUCAUGGACACUGAUGAGAUGUUGUGCUCAGAAGGAUUCUGCAUUGACUUAGGAACACCUGUAGGAUACCCACAACUCUGAGGAUGGAAUGCUGGUGAGAUACCCACAUUUUCAUAUAUAGCAACAAAAGAUCUGUUGAUAAAACAUGUAUGUGAGAUCUGAAAGAACUCUGUCAGGAUACCCAGACAUCCUGUUGUUUUA